GGCUGGUAAAUCCAGGGCAGGGCCUGAUACUGCUGCUGAUUUGAUGGUGAUGAUAGUUUGACCUUGCAAUGGUCAGGGAUUGAUGGUAGACUCAAGAUACCCAGCAGGUUUAGGGCUUGCCAAACACUGCAAGUGCAAUGCCUACAAUCCAGUAGCCCUCUGUGAAGGUGAAGCUGUUCUGUGGGGAAUGCUCUGGAUUUAUACAGUGCUUUCCCCAGUAGGGUCUUUGACCAUAAGUAUGGCUUUAGGCAUGACAAGAGUACAAAUAAGUAGUAAAGGUUAGCACGGGCAUGCAAAACCUCAAACAACUGGUGGCCAGGAUCCCAGGGACAGUACAUUUAAAGCAAAAAGGAAUCGGGGAAUUUGGUUGUACCUUUGAGGGGAUAUUAAGGGCCCGAGGAUAUGUCAUCCCUGUGUGAGGAAGGUUAAGAAUCACGUCAACGGACUGGCUUGGCUAAACAGCAAAUGCUUUUGUGACUUGAAACUUAACAAGGAAUCUCUCAAAAUGUGGAAGCGUAGCUACAAUACUACAGAUGGCAAUAAAGGAAAAACCCGGGCAGACCAAGGCACUGUAAUACAGCUACUACGAGACCCACAAGCACCCUUUGAAGUUAGAUGUCAAGGACCAAAGGAAGUGUAGGUCCAUUACCGAUUGGGGAAAGGGAAUUAAAAUUGCUCAAUGUGGAAAAGGCAACGUGUUUAAUGACUUCUUAUCUCAGUCCGCAUAAAAUGUGUCCUAGAGGUAUCAGGACACACCUGAUAAGAAGUUGCGUUCAUGUUCUGUUCUUGAGCCUGAAGCAAUCCAAAUCUAUAAAACAGGAUUCUGGCAUGGCGCUAUUCUGGCUUUUAUAAUGUUGGGUUCCAAAAUGAGGAACGUAACUAUAUCCAGGGGAUUUUAACUUAAUUCUUCUCCUUAACAAAUGGAUGUUUUUCUCUGGUGUUCUUUAAAACAAAAUGUCCUCAUUUGAGAUGUCAAAACAAAUGCAUGAUGGGGUUGAGGGAAAUUCUAUCCUAACCCAUAAGUCGGAAAAAAGUCGAUAUUGUCCUCUGUAGAAUGAAAAGGAGAGUUAUAAUGAACUUGAUGUGAGAGGGGCUGAAAGGGAGGAACACAACAUGCCACUGUUCAGGUCCAGAAAGCCGACAGAUAGAACAGGGGCUGGCUACCUGUGGAGAAUUUCAUCCUGGGCCAGAAACAGAUCCUAGACCCAGUUUGACUGUGUGACUUCCAGUACACAGAUUCUGGAUAGGGGAAUGUCUGUGCUUUCUGCUUCUCUUCGUGUCUGUUCUUCAUAUUACAGAAUCGGACCAAGAAUGUGCAGAUGAUGUUUCAGAAUGGCUACUACAAUCUGGCCAUCACAGAGGAACCUGAGAUUCAAGUGCUCAAACUCCCCUACGGUAAAAAAGGAGAAGGAGAACUGAGUAUGUUCAUUUUUUUACCAAAAGAUAUCAAGGAUAACUCCACUGGCCUGGAACAGCUUGACAGCGCACUCACCUAUAAAAAAUUUGUAGAGUGGACCACAAUGACGGAGAUGCAUAAACAAAACAUGAAUGUGUACCUGCCCCGAUUCAAGAUUCAGGAAAGCUAUGACCUUGGGAAAACUCUGCAGGCUAUGGGGAUGCUCCAUUUGUUUGACACUUCAAAGGCUGAUUUAUCAGGAAUGAACGGAAACCGUGAUCUGGCUGUGUCCAAAGCCAUCCAUAAAUCUUACGUGGAUGUUAAUGAAGAGGGCACUGAAGCAGCUGCUGCUACAGGGGUUGAAAUAAUUUAUACAAGUCCUGGGAUGCCUUAUGAGUUUAAGGCUGACCACCCCUUCCUCUACCUUAUCAAAAACAAUGUAACCAACAGCGUUCUCUUUUAUGGCCAAUGUACCUCUCCUUAACUGGAGGGCACUUUGAAACAAUAUAGGAAGACCUACAACCUUGUUGUAGUGAGGAUAAAAGAUAAUAUUUCUCAAGUUUUUUGAAAUUUUGCAAAUUUGAAAUGAGAGAUUUUUGAAUGCAAUGGCUUCGAAGAAAAGUCUCCGAAUACAGUGGCCGCAACCAUACGGCUCCAGUCUGGUGUGGACCGAGUGCCUUUAGCAGCACAUUGGCAGUGGGGAGUUUUUCCUGAGCCCAAGCCAGGGUCAGGCAUCUAGGAGCUGUGCCUGUGCCACUGCCACUGCUUCUCUCAGCCCCCUACCCUCUGGCUGGGGGGGAGAGUGCAGCUUCCCACUGGCUGAAAGCUUUGCCUAUGCUACAACUGAGGGACGGUGGUGGCGAUAAGUGGCAGAGGCCCGGGUGCAGCUAGAAACUGCCCAGCUCUUGCACAACCCCUUGCUGCCUGACCUUGACAUGGGGGCAGGUGCAGGCACAGGCAGAGCUCUCCACCGCCAGUGGUUCUGCAGACUGAACCUGAAUAUGUUGCUGGCCCCUCUUCUAUGAUGUUAUUGUCUUUUGCCUUUAUAUUGCUUAGAACUUAUUGUCUUUAUAUUGGUUAUUAUAAUGUAACCAAAGCAGCUAUCUCCUAAAUUUGAAAUCAUUUUGACUCCA